GAGGAGGAAGGAAGGAGGCGGGGGAAGAUGGCGGCGUGGUCGGCGGGCGGGACUGAGCCGGAGCCUGGCUGAGGCCGCUCCUCCUCCUCCUCGCCGCUUUGAUCCCCGUCCCCGCCCCGGGAAGCGGACAGGCGGAGGAGGGGCCCCACCACGAGGGAGAGAGCGAGCGGGAGCCGGGCUCCUUCGCCUCGCCUGGCCGGGCCUGCCGCCGCGGAAGAUGGCCGAGGCGGGGCCGGGGGACCCGGCGGGGGACGAGUCCUCGGACAGCGAAGGGGAGCACGAGGGCGCGCCCCAGAAGCUCAUCCGCAAAGUCUCCACCUCGGGGCAGAUCCGGAGCAAGACCAGUAUAAAGGAAGGAUUACUUUUGAAGCAAACCAGCUCUUUCCAGAGGUGGAAAAAACGUUAUUUUAAACUACGGGGGCGUACUCUUUACUAUGCGAAGGAUUCAAAGUCGCUAAUAUUUGAUGAAGUUGAUCUGUCCGAUGCCAGCGUUGCUGAAUCAAGCACAAAAAAUGUCAACAAUAGCUUUACGGUAAUCACACCAUUCAGAAGAUUAAUAUUGUGUGCAGAGAACAGAAAAGAGAUGGAGGAUUGGAUCAGCUCACUGAAGUCUGUACAAUCCCGGGAACACUAUGAGACUGCACAGUUUAAUGUGGAACAUUUCUCAGGAAUGCAUAACUGGUAUGCCUGCUCUCAUGCUCGGCCCACCUUCUGCAAUGUAUGUAGAGAGAGCCUUUCUGGAGUGACUUCUCAUGGCCUGUCUUGUGAAGUUUGCAAGUUUAAGGCUCAUAAAAGAUGUGCAGUCCGUGCAAUAAACAACUGCAAAUGGACAACGCUGACUUCAAUUGGAAAAGAUAUUAUUGAGGAUGAAGAUGGUGUGGCCAUGCCUCACCAAUGGUUAGAAGGAAAUCUGCCUGUGAGUGCCAAAUGUGCAGUCUGUGACAAGACCUGUGGCAGUGUCCUACGCUUGCAAGAUUGGAAGUGCCUUUGGUGUAAAACUAUGGUGCACACAGCUUGCAGAGAUUUAUAUCCCCGCAAGUGUCCACUUGGCCAAUGUAAAGUAUCCAUUAUUCCUCCCACAGCACUGAACAGCAUUGACUCUGAUGGAUUCUGGAAAGCCACGUGCCCACCAACUUGUGCCAGUCCUCUCUUGGUUUUUGUUAAUUCAAAGAGUGGAGAUAAUCAGGGAGUAAAAUUUCUUCGAAGGUUCAAGCAGUCGCUAAAUCCAGCUCAGGUGUUUGAUUUAAUGAAUGGAGGUCCUCAUUUAGGUUUACGAUUGUUUCAGAAGUUUGACAAUUUCCGAAUUCUCGUGUGUGGAGGAGAUGGAAGUGUUGGUUGGGUGUUGUCUGAAAUCGAUAAACUCACCUUGCACAAACAGUGUCAUCUGGGAGUAUUACCCCUUGGUACAGGAAAUGACCUUGCCCGUGUCCUUGGCUGGGGAGGGUCAUGUGAUGAUGAUACACAGCUUCCUCAAAUUUUAGAAAAGUUAGAACGAGCUAGCACCAAAAUGUUAGACAGGUGGAGUAUAAUGUCCUAUGAACUGAAAUUACCAUCAAAGCAAUCUGUGCUUCCUGUUACUCCAGAAGAAGAGUCUGAGGAGUGUCAGAUGUCAGUAUAUGAAGAUUCAGUUGCUGCUCAUCUUGCCAAGAUCCUUGAUUCCGAUCAGCAUUCUGUGGUCAUAUCAUCAGCUAAGAUAUUAUGUGAAACUGUAAAAGGCUUUGUUGCUAAAAUUGGAAAGACCUGUGAAAGACCAGUGGAAAAUGCUGAAACUGAUUCUAUGGCUAUUAAAUGCUCAGAACUGAAUGAGAAGCUGAACAUGUUGCUUCAGGCUCUUGAUGCUGAAGCCCAAGUUGCACCUUUGCCGCCACGGAUUGCUCCCCCUAUUGUAGAAGAAGAGACUGAAGAGUCCUCAAGCGAGGAAUCUUUAUCUGAUGUCAAGGAACAGUUGACAGAAAGCAAUUCUGUAUCUCCCUCACACCAGAUCUUCAAACCAAGAGAACAGCUAAUGCUGAGAGCAAACAGUUUAAAGAAAGCUCUAAGACACAUCAUUGAGCAGGCAGAAAAAGUUGUGGAUGAACAGAAUGCCCAUACGGAAGAGCAAAUAAAUCACUCAUCAAUGGAUUAUUGUAAGGAAUUGGAAGAAUCCAAAGAAGAAAAAGAUGAAGAUACAAAGGAAUCUGAAUCUGAUCCAAUUAAAAUUGGUCCCAAAUCCCUAGGUGGACAAAGAAGUCGCAUUCCUUCAUAUACAAGUUCUUUUUCAGUCCCACCCUGCACAGCCAGCAAAGAAAAUCUUCCAGUACUUAAUACAAGGAUCAUUUGCCCAGGUCUAAGAGCAGGUCUAGCUGCAUCCAUUGCAGGAAGUUCUAUUAUCAGCAAAAUGUUACUUGCGAAUAUUGACCCAUUUGGAGCCACACCCUUUAUUGAUCCGGAUCCAGAAUCAUUUAUUUUUGCCUACAGGGAAGGAUAUUCAGAGAAGUGUGUCAUGAAUAAUUAUUUCGGUAUUGGAUUAGAUGCAAAGAUUUCAUUAGAAUUUAACAAUAAGCGAGAAGAACAUCCUGAAAAAUGCAGAAGCAGGACAAAGAACAUGAUGUGGUAUGGAGUUCUCGGUACAAAAGAAUUACUACAACGGACCUACAAAAACUUAGAGCAAAAGGUUCAGCUUGAGUGUGAUGGACAAUAUAUCCCCCUCCCAAGUCUUCAAGGUAUAGCUGUUUUGAAUAUCCCAAGUUAUGCUGGUGGGACUAAUUUCUGGGGUGGCACCAAGGAGGAUGAUAUAUUUGGGGCCCCAUCAUUUGAUGAUAAGAUCUUGGAGGUUGUUGCAGUCUUUGGCAGCAUGCAGAUGGCCGUUUCUCGUGUCAUCAAGCUACAGCACCACAGGAUAGCUCAGUGCCGGUCAGUAAAAAUCACCAUACUAGGAGAUGAAGGCGUCCCAGUGCAAGUCGAUGGAGAGGCAUGGAUCCAGCCUCCAGGAAUUAUUAAAAUUGUGCAUAAAAACAGAGCACAGAUGCUAACACGAGACAGGGCCUUUGAGAGUACACUGAAGUCCUGGGAAGAUAAGCAGAAGUGUGAUUCCUGCAAACCAGUUGUGAGGUCACCUCUGUAUCCUCAACAGGCUGUAGAACUGGCUACUGAGGAAGAGACUUUACAGAUUCAACUGUGUUCUCAGGUGGCUGAAGAACUGAUUACCAGAAUCUGUGAAGCUGCAAAAAUACACACCUUGUUGGAACAAGAAUUGGCUCAUGCUGUAAAUGCAUGUUCUCAUGCCUUAAACAAAGCCAGUCUCAGAUGUCCUGAGAGCCUCACCAGGAACACAGCCCUUGAAGUAGCUGUCAAUAUGAAGGCACUGCAUAAUGAAACUGAAUCCUUGUUAAUAGGGAAGAUUCCUUUGCAGCUAGAAUCUCUUCAAGAAGAGCUACUCUCAACAGCAGUUCAAAGUCUGGAAACUGAAUUAAGGAAGCUUGCUGAAAUUCCUUGGCUCUGUCAUGUUCUACAACUAAAUGAUGAUGAGGAUCCUCCUUUGGAAUAUGCCAAAAGAAACAACAGAAGCACAGUAUUUCGCAUAGUGCCAAAGUUUAAAAAGGAAAAAUCUCAAAAACAGAAGACUAGCCCUCAGCCUGUUCAGAAAUGGGGCACAGAUGAAGUUGCUGCUUGGCUGGAUCUGCUCAGUUUGGGAGAGUACAAAGAAAUCUUCAUCAGCCAUGACAUCCGAGGCUCUGAGCUUUUACAUCUGGAAAGGCGAGACCUUAAGGACUUGGGGAUAACGAAGGUGGGUCAUAUGAAGCGAAUUCUUCAGGGAAUUAAAGAACUUGAGAGGACCACCUCCAUGGCUGAAGCAUAGUGUUAUUGCAUCUCUUCUCAAGAAGAAACUCUACUUAUGCAAAGCUGGGGAACCAUGCAACCUUCUGAAUAGGUUACUCCAUGGAUGAGUGAGCAUCAGUAUGUGACAAGUGUAUUGUGCUUGGGAUGUCAUUUGACAAAAGAACAGAAGUAAGAACUUGAAAAGAUGUGCCUAAAGAUGCUGUGAAGUAUAUUGUGAAGAGCAGUUGAAAUGUGUACGUUCGGGUAAAUAUGUUUCCCCAGGUAACUUAUGUAUUGCCAAACAACAUAUGAUGUAGUUCUUGGUGCAACACCUAAUAAGAUUUGGUUUGAAGCAUUCCUAAGGAAUAAGAUUACCUGCAAUCUCUAAUGUAAGUGUGGUAAAGACUGGUGAUGUUUAGGAGUUUGGCUGACACUGUGAUACCUCAGCGGCUUCUCACUUUCCUUUCUUCUCUUUGCCUCUUUCCUUCACUGGCCAAGAAAUCAGGCUGGGGCCAUAUGAUAUCCCCAUAGGGAAGCAAACUCUAAUGCAUGGAUUCCCUAACCAAACAUUUUCUUGCAUGACACAUCUAAUACUUUAAACACUUGAAAUUUUUUAUAUCUGUUUUUAAUAAGAUUUAAUUUAUUACUAUUCUCUGUGUUAUAUUGCUUACUUUGUCUCAUGUUGCUACUUUGUCAGGUUUUUCUGAAAUGUUACCUAAAUGUGGUGUGUUUUGUGGAUACAUUUUUCUGUCAUAAUCUAGCAAGGUAUGUGGACUAAGUAUGUUCUAAAAGAGUUUUUGUGCUCUUGAUUCAAAUAACUUCCAAGUAUUUUUUAAAAUACUGGUACCUCACAAAUUAUGUGUUGGCUCCCAAGAGAGAGUAUUACCAGAAUAUUUCCUUUUAGGCUAUAAAAUAUGCAAAGUUUAUUUCUUAUAGCCUUUCUUCAGGCAAUGACUAGGUUAAGCUAAUUGUCUGGAUUUCAAAGCAUUUCAGUGUUCUGACUAAUAGUGAAGCAUGUAUUUGCUAAUUAAGUGGCAACAGCCUAAUUGUAUACAGUGACCUAAGAUUACUUCAUAUUGAAGACGCCACAGGGACCAAUUUUGUGAAUAUCAGGGCUUGAUUAUGCAAUUUUUAUAAAAUCAGUAAAUGUUACAAAUAAGGUGGAGUUCAUAGUAUGCAGUUUAUCACUAUAUGGCAUACCUAGUUUCCUGUACACAUUAAACAGAAGCUUCUUUCAGUAUAGAAAUUUAUAACCCUCUUCAUAAAUAUAUAAUGCCUGAGAUAUAGGUGAAAGCUGAUUUUUCUUAAGUAUAAAUGUUUAUAUGAUUAGGUAGUGGUCAAAGAAAUGUCCAUUUGACAGCAUUAAUGUCUUUCUAGAGUUUAUUAUAAAUUGCAUUCUUUUUUAUUACCCUACUGGGCCAGUGGUCUUUCAGGUAUCAUAGUUAAAGUUUUCCAAUUUUUUUCAAAAAGGAUACCAUUUCUAAAAUUUAUCUGAUGCAUAUAUUUAAAGAUUGUCUAACUAUAAUACCUUCAUAGCCAUAAUGAGAAACUUAGGGAAUGCCAGCUUGUCACUGGCUAGCUGUCCACUGCCUGAUCCUGCCUGCUUGGCCCCUGAUAGUCAUAGGCACAAUUAAAGUACUCAGAAACUAAUCAGAAAGUAAACAGUUUGUGCUGUGUCUGCACCAAGACCCUUGGUUUCUCAUUUAUCUCAAUGAGUCAAAAUCAAAAGCUUUCUCAUUCCUUGCUUGUUUUUUUUGGGGGGGGGGGCAAUCAAGGACAUUGGGCAGCAUGCACAAAACAUACUGUUUGUGAACAAUAAGCUAAUUUUUGCUUAUUGAUGUAUCUGAAUGCAGCCAUUGUCUACUCGAAGACUCACAAUCUGUUUCAAAUGUGCAGUGGGCCCUCCACAUUUGCUGGGAUUAGGAGCUCAGGACCCCUACAUAAAUGGGGAAACUACAAAUGAAAAAGCACUACUUUAACCCAAGAGAACCUUUUUUGAGGAAUCUUUAGGUCCUCCUGCUCUACUCAGCAGUCAACCUCUGGCAGAAGCUGUCCAGAGUUUUCCUGGGAGACAUAGAGAUCCAUAAAAGUUAAAUCUGCAAAUGUGGAGGACUGACCGUGAUACUUUAUCUUUUUACUUAAGUAGAUCUUACUUUAUUAAGAUCAAGUACCAACAGUUGUUCCCCAAAUUGAUGAAAGCAGAUGAUAAAAAGGCAGGCAUUUCCACUAAAAUUAGGUGAAGAUUUACAAAAACAGUGUUAAGUAUCAAAUAGGUUUACUUUGGUUCUAAUAGUGUAUGAACUGAUUAUUAGUUUCAUAUGCUUUAAAAGAUCAAUAGUUGACACUGAUCCUUUAUUGUGAAGUGAAACUCACUAUUUCUUUAUUGGGAUAUUUCAGGUUGGGGUUUUUGUAAACUGUGGUGCACACUAGGAAUUUACUAGUUUCAUGAUGAAGAAGAUAAAGUGCACCAUUCAUGUAAUCAGUGUAUAAAAGCCAGGGCAGCUUUAUGAUAUAUCAGUUUGAGUACUGGUUGAAUAUCCCUUAUCUGGAAUUCCAAAAUCCAAAAUUAUCCACAUGGAUGGCCAAGAUAGUGACACCUUUGCUUUCUGAUGGUUCAAUGUAUAUACAGUUUGUUUCAUGUAUGAAACAUAUAUAUUUAAAUUAUUCCUAAAACUUU